CAAAAUUCUGUUUUCGUCAACAUCUUUUUCUGAAGACAAUCUAACUUGAGAAAAAGAAGACGCAGCAAUGAGUCUCUCUGAUAAGGACAAGGCUGUUGUGAAGGCCCUAUGGGCUAAGAUCAGCACCAAAUCCGAUGAAAUCGGCGUGGAAGCCCUCGGCAGAAUGCUGACCGUCUACCCUCAGACCAAGAUCUACUUCUCUCACUGGGCUGACCUGAGCCCUGGGUCUGCUCCUGUGACGAAGCAUGGCAAGGUUAUCAUGAGAGCAAUCGGCGAUGCCGUUAAAAACAUAGACGACCUUCUGGGAGGUCUGAUGGCCCUGAGCGAACUUCAUGCUUUCAAGCUGCGUGUCGACCCGAUCAACUUCAAGGUACAACAUGACAAAACAUAGGCUACCUAUAGUGUA